AUGUUCGGCGCCAAACGAAAGAAGCUGAAGCCCGAAGAGGACCGCCGACGCUGCAACUACGUCACGAUUCAAGGCCGCUGCAGCCAGGGCAAGGUGACGCUGAGCAAAGAUGGUGUCAGGUUCCCGAGCCCGUACUGUCGUUACCACUGCUGCAAGAAGACAUUCAGUGCCAAGGCAGGUCAACGGCACGCGGUGUACAACGCCGUCAGGGGCUAUGAUCCCAAGGAGUUCAAGUUCUGCGCACAAUACCACAACUGCUUGGCGCUCGACUGCAAGAAUGAACGCUUCUACAGCGGUGAGUCAGACCUCAAGUUCUGCGCCGACCACCGCUGCACCAGCCCAGGCUGCGACAGGCCGAAGCACACCGGGCCGUUCUGCGCCUCCCACACAUGCGAGGCGCCCAACUGCCUCGCCUUCGCCGUCGGCGGCGGCGGGCCAGGCGAGCCGACGCGCUACUGCGACCGACACCGAGUCUGCCAGCACGACCAGUGCGAGCGCUUUACGCACGCACGAGAGAACGGAGGGCUGUCCAACUUUUGCGGCGCGCACUACUGCGCGUGGGACGGCUGCGAGCAGGCGCGGGAGGGUGCCGGGGAAGGCGAGCACUGCAAGGCGCACAGUUGCAUCGAGAUAGCGUGCGUCAAGGGGAGAACGAGCGCCGAGGGAUUUUUCUGCAAGAAUCACGAGUGCGAUACGAAGGAGUGUCGGUUCAAGAGGUGGAGGGGCGAAUACUGUCCUGAGCACCAGUGCGGGAAGCCUGGGUGUGCCGAGGAGGGGACGACAGACCAUUACUGCUCGAAACAUGGCACAUGCAGCAUGGUAGGAUGCGAUCGGUUCCGCUUUGCGGACGGAUCGAACAUCAGGGAUUGGUGUGAAGAGCGUGAUCAGCCUCCCAGGCAGCAAGGCAUGCUGAUCCAUUGUCGGACACAGACUUCUUCCCAAAAUGCCGAAUACAGGAUUGCGAGGCUAGGGCGGUUGACGACAAGGAGUUUUGCCGGAACCAUAUCUGCGAGUUCCGAGGGUGCGGCGGGCAGCGCUCACAUUGCGGGACGCUAUGCGACGUGCACAAGUGCGGUGUCGUCACAUGCCCACAUCCUCGCUGCAACAUGUCGUUGCCGCCGGUCAUGA